CCGCAUGUGAUGAAAGUGUCUACUCUCAGGGAGAGCACGGUCAUGGCUUCCCCACCAGCCCGAGAGAUGGAGGAGGAGCUGGCGCCUGCUGGCUCUGAGCCAGGUGACCCUCGGGCCAAACCCCCAGUCAAGCCCAAGCCUCGAGCCCUGCCCACCAAGCCAGCCCUGCCUGCCAAGCCCAGCCUGCUGGUGCCUGUCGGGCCUCGGCCCCCACGGGGUCCCCUGGCUGAGCUGCCAUCUGCUCGGAAAAUGAACAUGCUGGCGGGACCCCAGCCCUACGGCGGCAGCAAGCGCCCCCUUCCCUUCGCACCAAGGCCUACGGCUGAGGCCUCUGCCGGAGGAGAAGUCGCCCAAGAGGCCAGCAAAGAAGAGGGCGGGAAAGAGGAGCCGCCCCCCUUAACACCACCCGCUCGAUGUGCCGCCCCCGGGGGUGUGCGGAGGGCCCCUGCCCCCUUCCGUCCAGCCUCAGAGCGGUUUGCAGCUGCCACUGUGGAAGAGAUCCUGGCCAAGAUGGAGCAGCAGCCUCACAAGGAGGUCCCCGCCAGCCCUGACCGCCUGUGGGGUUCGCGCCUCACCUUCAACCACGAUGGCAGCUCACGCUACGGCCCCAGGACCUAUGGGGGGGCCAGUGGUCCCAGAGAGGAGGAUGACAAGACCCUCACCAGAGGAUGGUCGCAGGAGGGGCCGGCAAAAUCUGCAACAGAGGGCCAGGAAGAGCACAGCAAGAUGGGCAAGGAGAGGAGUCCCUCUUCCAGCCCAGCUAUCAACGGGGACUUGGCUAAGCCGGCCAGCUCUGAGCCUGCUACCAACGGGGACUUGGCUAAGCCGGCCAGCUCUGAGCCUGCUACCAACGGGGACUUGGCUAAGCAGGCCAGCUCUGAGACACCUAGCACCGUUUCUGAGUCCAGGCUCUCCUCAAGUCCAAGCCCCCCAUCAGACCAUGGUGCUGCUGCCUGCCGGGGCCUUCCCACUGCGGUGAGCGGCCCAGCCCCCGAAUCUCCCUGGCGGCAUCACUCACCUGAAGAGAGCACUCCCUGCCACCCGCAGCUUCCAGAUGCCCAGAGUCCUUCAGCUUCAGAGGCAUCUUCCUGUCUCCCCGUGACUCCGGCCCUGCCCAGUGAGGGCCCCUGCCAUCCCCCCAGCCCGGGGGUCUCUGUCGAGGCAGCCCCAGAGAUCCCCGGACCGAACAGUCCUCCCCAGGAGAAGGUCUCUGGGCACCAGGGCCCAGAGAGGCCCCCAGAGACCUCACCCCGGCCCCUGCUGGAGGGGGGUGAGCUGCUGGACCCUGCUCGGACGUUUCCACCUGGCGAGGAGGCAGCAGCCCAGGGUGCCGUGGACCCUCGCCCCAGCAGCCUGGCUCAGCGCCGCUUCUCGGAAGGUGUGCUCCGUCCACCCAGCCGGGACCCGGAGAAGCUGGGGGGCUCUCUGGCUGCUCUGCCCCAAGCCCAGGGGAGCCAGUCGGCCCUGGAUCGCCCCUUUGGGAGUGGAACAGAGUCGAACUGGAGUUUGUCUCAGUCCUUUGAGUGGAGCUUCCCCACGCAGCCCUCGGGCCUUGGUGUGUGGCGGCUGGACUCCCCCAUCACGGAAGCCAGCGAGGCGGCGGAGGCAGCGGAGGCUGGCGGCUGGACUGUGUCCGGCAGGGAGCAGGGGGGGUCCCAACAGGGAUCGGGGGCCCCGUCAGCUCCAGGGAGCCCAGGAAGGCCUAGUUCCUGGGUGCGAGAGGAAGGCCCCAGUAUCUCCCCAGCCCAGAAAGACAAUGGAGGGAGUCAGGCCCCAUCUACAAUCGACUCCCCACCCAGAACAUCCCUACUGCAAGCAGAGGAGAGGUGUGGGGACCAGGAGCUGCUGGCUGGACAGGAGGCCCCCCUGGCUGUGACUAGCAGGGAGGCAGCCCUACCCAUCCUGGAGCCAGUCCUGGGGCAGCAGCUGCCAGCCCCCUCUGACCAGCCCUGCAUCCUCUUUGCCGAUGCCUGUGACUCUGGGCAGGCAUUGCCUGCUGAGGAGGAGGCGGUGACCCCAGCCCAGGCUGAAACCACGCAACCCAGGACAGAGGCCCACGUCUCCUGUCGGACUUCCCCGGAACCCGUGGGUCCUGACAGCAGCUCUCGCUGGCUGGAUGAUCUCCUGGCUUCACCACCGCCCAGUGCAGGCAGCGCCAGGCGGGGAGCCGGGUCCGAGCUGAAGGAGACACACUCCCCGAGUACCUGCUCAGAGGGACUCCUUGGCUGGGCCCAGAAAGAUCUGCAGAGCGAAUUUGGGAUUGCAGCAGACCCCCACCCCAGCAGCUGCACCUCUUCUGGCUGGUCUCAAGAUGCUCCUCAGGACUAUGGCCUUGGGGGCACGAGGCCUCUAGGAGACCCAGGCCUGGGGGAGAGUGAUUGGGCCAGCAAGUACCAGUCAGGAGCGGGCGAAGGGAGCGGUCGGGAGUGGGCCAGCAGGUGUGGCCUUGGCCAGGAGGGGAUAGAUGUCCGAAGCAGCCCAGACCCCAGUGACAUGCCUGCCCUCGGGGGGCUCUCGGCCUAUGAGAGGGUGGUUGGAAAGCCAGCCCUGCCGGGCACUCAGAGCCAGGAGGCCAGCAUACAGGAAUGGGAGCGUGGAAAGAGGGAUUCCCAGGGCACUUACUCCAACCAGGAUGCUGAGCUCCAAGACCAGGAAUUCGAGAAGAGAGAUUCACUGGGUGCCUUCAGUGGUGGAGACACAAGCCUCCAGGACUGGGAAUUUGGGAAGAGAGAUUCACUGGGCUCCUACAUCAAGCAGGAUGCCCAGGAGGAGCAGGCCCAGGAAUUGGGGGCGAAAGACCAUCAUGGUGGCUACAGUAGCCAGGACGCUGAGAAGCAGGACCGGGAGUUUGAGAAGAGAGACUCUUCACUUGGCACCUAUGGCAGCCUGGCUGCAGCCCAGCAGGACCGGGAGUUUGGGAAGAGCGCAUGGAUGAGGGACUACAGCAGCCACGCUGGCGCCAUGGCCUUCAGCGCACAGGACAGAGGCUUUGGAUCUAGAGGCCUGAGCUCUGGGUUCAGCCCCGAGGAAGCCCAGCAGCAGGAUGAGGAGUUUGAGAAGAAGAUGCAGAAUGGGGAAGACAGUCCGGGUGAUGCCAGCGGGGAGAUGGGGCCAGAAGAGGCAGAAUCGGGGGGCCUGUUCAGCCCCAACGCCUCCCAAGUGCAAGAUGGCGCCCUUGGACAGAGAAACCAGGGCAGCUGGCAGGACAGUGACUCGAGCCAGCAUGUCGGAGGGCUGCCAGAGAGACUGCACGCAGGCACUCAAAGCCCCGGUGAUGCUGGGCUGGAAGAAGGGUCCGUAGGGAAGCGAGGCUGGGACAGGGAGGUCAGCCUUGGCAUUGCCCCACAGCCCGAGGCAGCGUUUAGCCCCAGUCGGCAAGACUGGAGUGGGGACCUGUGCCUUGAGGCCACUGAGAAGAGCUAUCAGUUUGGCAUCAUUGGCACCGACAGAAUGAGUGGUGCCGGCCUGAGUCCAUCCAGUAAGAUGGGAGGUGGUCACUUUGUGUCUCCCGAGGAGCCCAUGUCCAGGGCUGUGGACUGGACCGACCAGCUGGGUCUCAGGAACUUGGAAGUGUCCAGCUGCGUGGAGACCAGGGGUUCGAGUGAGGCCCGAGAGAAUGCCGUGGGCCAGAUGGGCUGGUCAGACAGCCUGAGCUUGAGAGACGGAGACGUGGCCGGCCGUUUGGAGACUGGAGGGUCUGAAGAGCCCAGGGGGGUGGGAGUUGGGGAGAAAGACUGGACUUCGGAUGUUGGGAUGAGGAGCAGGGAUUUGGCAGGAGCAGGGGAGGUGGGGGACCGUAGCCAGGCCAGGGAGAGUGGCGUGGGACAGCCUGACUGGUCAGGUGUGGAGGCUGGCGAAUUCCUUAAGUCAAGGGAGCGUGGGGUGGGGCAGGCAGACUGGACACCUGAUCUUGGGUUGAGAAACAUGGCUCCAGGAGGCAGCUGCAGCCCCGGUGAGCCCAGGGAGCUUGGGGUGGGUCAGGUGGACUGGGGUGACGAUCUGGGUCUGAGGAAUUUGGAGGUGCCCUGUGACCUCGAGUCUGGAGGUCCUCGGGGCUGUGGGGUGGGGCAGAUGGACUGGGCCCGGGAUUUGAGGCUCCAAACCACGGAGCUCUCUGGGGUCCCGAGUGAAGCUAGGGAACAUGGAGUGGGGGAGGUGGACCCCGGUGGCUUCAGGAACAGCGGCAGCUUGGCGUCUCACCUGGAGGCUAGAGAUCCUUUGGAGGCCAGGGAGCUAGGGGUGGGCGAGACCAGCGGACCAGAGAGCCCCGGUGAAGACAGCUCCUCACCUUCCUCGGAGACCCGCCCUGAAGACCCCGGAAUGCAGAAGGGGGAAACACCGGGCUUCGGAGCAAGCCCCAGGUAUCUGGCCCGCUCCCCGCCCUCUGGCUCCCAGGGCCUGUUGGAGGAGAUGCUGGCCACCAGCAGCUCUAAGGCUGCUACCUGGAGGGAGUCAGCAGCCUCAGGCCUCAGGGUCCCCUUAGAGGAGGAAGGACCCUUAGCAGGUGCUGACCAAGGGGCGUCCCCGGAGCCUCUGCCCGCCAGGGACCCACUGCCUUCCUGGAGGCCCCAGCCUGAUGGUGAAGCCAGCCGGACAGAAGAGGUGGACGGCACCUGGGGCUCCGCCAGAGCCAGGCAGGAAGAACAGGGGCCGGCUCCAAUGCCGACCCCUCGCCAGCCCCCCCAAGGCCCUCCACCCAGCUGCCCCAGCCAGGACUUCUCCUUCAUCGAGGACACCGAAGUCCUCGACAGUGCCAUGUAUCGGAGCCGUGCCAACCUGGGGCGCAAGCGUGGGCAUCGUGCCCCGGCCAUCCGGCCAGGGGGGACCCUGGGCCUGUCAGAGGCAGCAGACUCGGACGCACGCCUCUUCCAGGAUUCUACAGAGCCACGGACUUCCCGGGUGCCAUCUUCAGAUGAGGAGGUAGUGGAGGAGCCUCAGAGCCGCCGGACACGGAUGUCCCUGGGCCUGAAAGUCAACCUGUUUCCUGGCCUCAGCCCAUCUGCCCUGAAGGCCAAACUGCGCUCCAGGAACCGCUCGGCUGAGGAGGGGGAGCCAGCGGAGAAUAAGUCAAGCCAGAAAGAGUCCUCGGUCCAGCGUUCCAAGUCCUGCAAGGUUCCAGGGCUGGGCAAGCCCCUCACAUUACCUCCCAAGCCAGAGAAAACCUCAGGGUCAGAAGGUUCAUCACCCAACUGGCUGCAAGCCCUGAAGCUGAAGAAGAAGAAAGUCUGAGAAGUCAUUGAGGUCCUUUCCACCUGGCAGUCUCAGGCAGUGCCUGUUCCUGUGGGGUCCCAAGCCGGGAGACAGCAGGAGCCCCGCCAAGGCCCCCGCUGCGGCCUCGUUCAGCCCCACCUCCGAGGAGCUUCUGGGAGGCACAUUUAUGCACUUUGUAUCACCUCCCCCCACCCCCAUCUGCCCUCCCAGCCUGGAUUCCAUCACUCGUGGUUGAAGGUUUUGGUCCUUCCUUUGCUGUUUUCACCUUCUCUGUUUCCUCCUCCAGCCUCCUUUGGGUUUUCUUUUGAUACCAAUUUAUAGCAUUUUUUAUAAAAGCCUUUGAUUUUUGUAAUGGGCAG